AAGCAGUCGAGGGAAUUAUCUGACUCAAUAAAAGCAUUUGAGUUGAAGAAUCUGAUCCCAUGUCGGCCAUGUGUGUGUGUGGGUUACUAUAAUUUGUAAAUAGCCAAAGCAUGACUCGUCUAAAAAUAAGUUCACCUUCCAUUCUAUUUUCUGAAGUUAUAUAUGUGAUUUAACUUCUAGAUUUUGAUCACUGGGGUGUGCUGUUGUCAGCAGAUGAUGUAUUUCUCCUGAUAAGCAUAUGCCUUCCUUUUGCAACAAAUGUUUGUUGUGGCCAACCCACUGCCCUACAACUCUGAUGAAAAUGUACAGGGAAACAAUGUGAAAUUUCCCAUGGCACGCAAAGCAGACCUUGUUAAGAUUGGAAAGGAAGCAUUUGAUAUUUUGGACAAGAUGCCGCAGCAGCCGCUGCCUGCUGAUCAACCAGACCUCAUUAAGAUUGGGAAGGAAGCAUUUGAUAUUUUGGACAAGAUGCUGCAGCUGCCUGCUGAUCAGGAAGCUAAACAUUAUGAACUACCGAAUGCAUUGAAGAGGUGGUGGCUGAAGCCGCAAAAGAAUCACGACAUUGGAGCCCAAAGUACAGCUGCUCUAGUCAUUACAAAAAGAAAGAAUAAGGGCAUUCCUAUUUUCGGGAAGUAAAGUUUGACGGUUUGAGAUUUAGGGAGAAACAAUGAUCUCCUAGUUUCCUACUAGUCUUGAAAAUGAAAAGAUGAAGGGGGUUGAUCUCCUUCUAUGUAUAUAAGACCUUAUGUGUUGUGGCUGUUUUUAUGCUAGUUAACAAAAGGUUCCUGUGUGUGUACCACAUAGCUGAUGAGUAUGUCAAAAGUGAACUAUGGAGUGUACCUAAUUUUGACUUUGUGUUCUCUUGUUCUCUGUUGUAAUAAAAUUUCUCAGCUAUUGAAUA